CAACGUUGAUGUUGCUGUCAGUAGCUAGCUAGCUAUAGCUCAAGGAAAUUAAACAAAGCUUUUCCCCGGCAGCAGGAGAGCCACUGGCGCGCGCGCACAGCACAAUCACAUCUUCUCGUUGUUGUUGAGCUCCAGCUACCUCGGCCGCGAAGCAAACAAGGCAAGGCCACUGGCCGCCCAGCGCCGGCCGCCCGCCCUGUCGCUGUCCGGCCGCCGACGACCGCGCCCACACGCAAAGGAAAGAAGAUGCGACGAGCUCAGAAACAGAGUUAUCAUCAUCGAUCCACUUGAGACCUUUCCAUGAGGCAACCAUGCUCUUCCUCAUCGCCAAGUACUUAUCGUCAUCCUCAUCAAGACGCCGCGGCAGCAGCAAGCACACGGCGGCGGCACCCGGCGACAACAACAGGGAGAUGCCGGCGGCGGCGGCGGUGGAGCGAGAGCGAGAGCAGGGGUGCAUGGCGGGCUGCGUGCCGGUGGCUAUGCGAUACAAGCGGACGGGGGCGUCGGCGAAGGUGGUGACCGUGACGGCGUCGUCGGCGAGGACGUCGAGGCACGGCUUCGUGAGGUCGGCGGCGUCGGGGCUGUUCCGGGACGGCGCGGCGGCGCGGGGGCGAUACUUCACCAACCACGAGUCGCUCCCGCCGCUGCCGGAGGCACGCGCCGAGUUCGCCGCCGCGUUCCCGCAGUACUCCGCCGGCGCCGGGGACGGAGAAGAGGCCGCCGCGGCGGCGGACGCCAUCAGGGCCCGCGAGUACCCGCACCUCGCCCGCCACGCGUGCCUCGACUACACCGGCGUCAACCUCUUCUCCCACGCCCAGAUGGACUCUUCCUCUUCUUCCCUGCCGUCCACGUCGUCGUCGUCCCCGGCGCCGGCGCCGUGGCAGCCUCCCUUCUUCGACGUGGCCUACAGGUCCGCGACCCUGCGGUCGCAGGUGGAGCAAUGCGAUUCCGGCGGCAUCGGCGGCGGAAUCGGCCGCGCGGUGGCGAGGCGCAUCAUGGCGUCGAUGAAGAUGCCGGAGGAGGAGUACGUCAUGGUGUGCGCGGCCAACCGGACGAGCGCCUUCCGCCUCCUGGCCGAGUCCUACGCCUUCUCCUCCCCCAACUCCGGCGGCCGGAAGAAAAAAAAGCUCCUGGCCGUGUACGACUACGAGAGCGAGGCGGUGGGCGCGAUGUCCGCGGCCGCCCGCCGGCGCGGCGCGGAGGUGCUGCACGCGACCUUCACCUGGCCCGGUCUCCGCCUCCACGCCGCCGACCUCCGCAAGAAGCUCCUCCGCCGCCACCAGGGGCUCAUGGUGUUCCCGCUGGUGUCGCGGAUGACGGGCGCGCGGCACCCGUACCUGUGGAUGAGCGCGGCCGCGGAGCGAGGCUGGCACGUGGCGCUGGACGCGUCCGCCAUGGGCGCCAAGGACCUCGACACGCUGGGCCUCUCCCUCCUCCGCCCCGACUUCGUCGUCUGCAACUUCUUCAAGGUCUUCGGCGAGAACCCCUCGGGCUUCGCCGGGAUCUUCGUCAAGAAGGCCAGCCUCGCCGCUCUCGUAGAGGAUUCCCCCGCCGCCGUGGCACGCAGCAUCGGCGUCGUCUCCCUCGUCCCGCCCCGCCGCUGGUCGCUCCGGGACGAUUACUCCACCGACCUCGACCUCUCCCGCAGCUUCACCAACCCCGAUCCGCCGCCGCCGCAAUCGGCCGAGAUCGACAUCACGUGCUCCUUCUCCGGCCCCCUCAGCACCGCCGCCGCCGCUGCCACGCCAGAGAUCUGCGAGGAGGAAGAAGCCCCUGCCCCACCACCGCCGCCGCCGCUGCCGGAAGCAGAGGAGAAGGAGGUGGCGGUGGAGCUUCGGGGGCUGGACCACGCGGACGCCCUGGGGCUGAUCGCGAUCGGGAACAGGCUGCGGUGCAUCAGCAACUGGCUGGUGAUCGCGAUGCAGAAGCUGAAGCACCCGCACCCGGAGGACACCGCCGCCAUUGGCGGGGGCGGGGGGCAGCAGCUGGUGAGGAUAUACGGGCCGCGGGUGAGCUUCUCGAGGGGCCCGGCGGUGGCGUUCAACGUGUACGACUGGAAAGGGGAGAAGGUGGCGCCGGGGAUGGUGCAGAAGCUCGCCGACCGCCACGCCGUCUCCCUCACCUGCGGCUUCCUCCGCAACGUCUCCUUCGCCGAUAAGUACGACGCCGACCGGACCGCCGUCCUCGAGCGGCGGCGGAGCAACGAAGGGGAGGAGGAGGUGUGGGGGAUCCACGUGGUGAACGCGUCGCUGGGGUUCCUGAGCAGCUUCGAGGACGCCUACAGGCUGUGGGCGUUCGUGGCCAAGUUCCUCGACGCCGACUUCGUCGAGAAGGAGCGCUGGAGGUACACGGCGCUCAACCAGAAGACCGUCGAGGUCUAGCACGCUAGCAGGCCACGCUACACCUGGCCGCCAUUGCUUCUGUUUCUGUUUCUGGUCUCAUUCGUCUCCAGCUUCACUCCCCUUUCCAUUCUUUGUCUCGAGAGAGAUUGUAAUUGUUGUAGCUCCUGCCUGCCUGCUUCUGUGAGUGAACUGUAAAAUGUUGUAGACACUGUCUGCUGCUUCCUUGGCAACAAGAAAUGCGCACGUCUUGGGAAUGAAUCCUGACCUGUGCCCAAUGUUCAA